UCCUCGCUCUCCGUCCAAAGCGGUCUUUGGUAACCUGUCAAACAUGGGGGCACGAGUUGCUCGUAUGUUCAGAAACUUCAACCUGGAGAACCGGGUUUACCGAGAAAUCUCAAAAGAGAAGCCGCAAGCAGCGCCCCGACACGCGGGCAGCGUCCCGCCUCCUGCCGGCGGCCCCGUAGCUGCAGAGACGGUGACGGAAGAUUUAGUCAACAAGAAGAACGACCCUCUUCUGUCCCUCCUCAAGACCGUGUAUGUGGAUUCUACAGACCCAGCAGCAGCAGAGAUGUUGAAGGAGGAUACAGUGGAUAAAGAAUCAGAGCGAAGGCCUCUUAGAUUCAGUUUACCGGGCGCCUCGUACGGCCUGGCGGAGCUCACAGACGUUCCUAAAGGCAAACUGACCAUCGCCGAGGCUCUGAAGGCCCUGAGCAGCCACCAGCAACACCCUCAGACCAUGACUCAGGAAAAGAUCGCUCAAGAUUACUGUCUGGAUCUGAAAGACACCAAAGCUCUUCUGGAGUUCUUUGUCCCCUUCCAGGUUCAGAUUAUACCGCCCAAGACUGAAGCAGCCAAGCAGAUCAAGGCUUCUUAGGACCCGAUGGUUGGUGAAUGAUAGACUGUAGACAAAUUAUUAUUGGAUUUAUUUAUGUACGUCAAUAAACUGCAUUGAAAGUAAGAGUAACAACAUUGGAGCAGAUAGGGCAGCGUUUCAGAUCUUAUGUGGGGGUUUGAUUCAUCGUGUUGAUCUCUAAUCAUGAGAUAUUGAUAUUCAGGGAUCAAACUUAUAAAAUGUAGUAAAAAGUAUUAAAUCUCAAAUCUCAUGAGACUUGGUAAAUUUGGAAAUCGGGUCCAUCUAACAACCUGUCCUAACGGCAUGAGACACUUACUACAGGGUCAGGUAGACGGACACAGAACAGUAAGGAGGGGGCUCUGCAAGGCACUGGUAAUUUUGAGGUACUCAAAAUUGGUCUUUAUGAAGGGCUCGUCUUGGUCUCAGACUGGGCGGACUCCAGAUGUUAAAUCAAGACCACCACUCAUAGUCUAUUUUUCCAAGUCAUUACUGUGAUUAGAAGGAAACUCCCCCCUUUUCUGAAGAAGAAAUAACUCUAAUUUAUUGGUAAUUAGAGUUUGUAUCCCCUGGUUACAUCCACAACCUUUCCAGUGUUUUGAUUUAAGUGAAUGACACGCCCCCUGCACACAAGAUGAUGAUUUUUUUUUUUUUGUGAUAUUUAUGGUCUUGGUUUUUGUCAUGGUCUUGUCUCGGUCUCGGAGCACUCUGGUCUCGGUUGUGUCUUGGUCUUGGUUAGUGUGGACUUGACUACAACACAAGGCACUGGUAGUCACUUUUCUCCCUCAACAGAGCUUUUUAGCUUGUUGAGUGGAGACAGUGGUGCAUUAAUAAUAUCCUCAUCCGUGAUUGAAAUAUUGAGCUUUGACUUGUGUCAAUACCGGGGGAAAAAAAUAGUCUCACCAUGGACCGAUUAUUGACGAGCCUCUGAGUGUUGUGAUUUGAGUAAACAGCUCGUCAAUACAAAGCCCCACACUUCUGUUUGUCCACCUUCAAUACAAACACACUAAGAUGUUACACUGAAGGCAAGGGGAAACUGAAAUUCAUAGAGCAGAGAAUAAAAUAUUUAACAGAUGCAGUUUGUGCAGCAAGGGUGUGAUGGUGUGUGAUGCGACACGUUAUCCAAAUGAGAAACCCUGAUUUAAAGAUUUUUAAAGAAAAACACUUCAUUUUCUGUCCAUCCAAAUGUAAGAUAAGCAGAAGAAUAUCAGUCAUGUCUGUGUGUUCAAUUUGGAGCUUGAGACAAUAUUUUGUUAGCCUAGCUUAGCAUAAGGUUAAAGGGGAAAAUGUAUCCAGCAAUUAAAGCUAAAUAAAUUGUCUGUGCCUGGGAAGAAGCAUUUCGACCAUAGCUUUUCAGAGCUGUCAGAGGCUGAAUUUCUUCCCUUCAGGCUGAGCCUUCUCUAGAGCUCUCCCCCCCCCCCCCCCCCCCAAAGUCAGCUCUGUCAUAAAGAGUCAGCACUUUUACCACCUAAAAUGGUAUUAUAGUUAUGGUUUGGAGGACUAUAAACUUAUAUAGAUUAUAUAGAAUAUAAUGUUUUUUUUUAAUAAAACAGCCAUUUGUUUCCAACAAUGUAAUGUCAAAGAUCCUCUGCUCGAGUCUGUCGACAUCUGUCCAGUCCCGUAGAAGUUUGUCAGUUUGAUCAUCAACCUCCUAUUUAAACUGCCUUUUUCAUGUUUUGUCCCAGAUUUUCAGAUGUUGUAAUGUUGUGUCAGAUAUUCCCAGACCUUUGCAGAACAUAUACCUCAGUCAUUCUCUGUAUUAAUUAAACAGCAGAAAACAUUUUUAAACCCACAGCUCAUACAGUUUGUCCCCACUGGAUUAAACAGAUAAACAUGUAAAGCUGGAGCGUAGGAAUCUUAAAUCGCUAAGCUCAAUGUACGAUCAUGUAGUUUUCACUUUCACUGGCCACACCUCCACCAUACUGAAGCCUCCGCUCUCCUCCAGAAACACACCUCCAACCCCUCUCCCCUUGAGUUCACAUAGAGGAAUUAUGAAUUUGAACGUACCAUAAUUAAACACCAUUAAGCACUUUUGUUAGCUUGUAGCUUCACAUUGCACAUAAAUUGACACAGAUUGACUGUGAUCUUAAAAGGUUUAGUUGACUUUCAAAUAAUCAGUGAGCAUCUUUCUAGUCCUUUACUGAACAGUUUUUAUGUGCAAGGGGAGGAGCCGGCCGUCCUGUCCAUGUAAACACGGCUCUGACAACAACACAGCCAGCGGGACUCGAGCUUCUCACUCAUUGUAGACAGUCAUGACUCAGAGACACAUUUACACAGGAGAGACUGGAUUUAUGAUUUAUUUAUGUGUAAAAUGUUGCACAUUCUUCCUUUAAUAAGAAGUAAGUGUUUCUUUCAUAUGUUUGGGUAUUUGUUUUCAUAUCACUUGAAGCCAUAAAUGUGGAAACCUGGGAAUGCAUUUAACUGAGCUGAGAGCCGCCAGAAAACUCAGAGGUAUCUCAAUGACACAAAGCUCAUGGAUGAUAAUAUAUGAACAUGCUGCAUGUACGCACACUUUUUCAGAAUAAACGGCUAUUUUUGUUCUCUGUGUUA